AUGGAGUUGAGAAAAUACCCUUAUGAGCGGCUUGAUGGAUCCAUCAGAGCUGAAGAGCGGUUUGCUGCAAUACGGAGUUUUAGUCGAAAGUCCGGAAUUGGAAAUUCCAAUUCCGAAGCUGAUUCCGACUCUGCAUUUGUCUUCAUGAUUUCCAGCAGAGCAGGGGGUGUUGGGCUGAAUCUUGUAGCUGCUAAUACUGUGACAAGGGAACGAGCAUUGAGAAAUUGGGUCUUUGAGGAAACUGCUGGAAACAUUCAUAGGGAGUUUGGAUCUGGCUAUCCUGGAGGUAACAAUCUUGUUGAAAGGACUUAUGAAUCAGAUAUUAAUGGUAACAAGUUUAACACUCGAGUCCAUACGAUUAGAUGUUAA